CACACACACUCCGGUAGACGCCCCCCCCUUCUCGCCAGGCACAAGGCGCUGGCGCAGGUACGGCCAACGUCGCCCGCGUAAUAAAACACCGUCUCAGCGCCCUCAUCUGCCCAUCCUUCAUUUCUUCUUCCUCUCCAGUCAUCCUAUAAACACCUGUGCGAAUUCUCUCUCUUGUCGAGAUCGCCGUUUUCCUUUCCGUUCAUAUUUCCUUUACAGUUUCAUUGCUUCCAGUCUCUCGCUAAACACCGACCACUUACAACUACUGCACCCUUUUUUCUUGUAUACAAUCUCACACCAAGUUUAAUUUCCUUUGCAACCAACAGCAACAAUGUUCUCCAAGACUCUCAACGUCGCCGUUGCGGCUCUCGCUGCCUCCUCCAUGGUCUCUGCUCAGACCUUCACUUCUUGUGAUCCUACUAAGAAGUCCUGCCCUGCCGACCCUGCCUUUGGCAAGAACUCCGUCAACUGCGACUUCACCAAGGGCAAGUGCUCUGCUUUCCACGACCUCGACGGCACCUCCACCAAGUACAACGACAAGGGCGCCGUCUUCUCCAUCGAGAAGGUCAGCAACGCUCCCACCGCCGCCACCAAGAACUACAUCUUCUUCGGCCGUGUCGACAUUGAGAUCCAGGCUGCCGCCGGUAACGGUAUUGUUACCUCUGCUGUCCUCCAGUCUGAUGACCUCGACGAGAUCGACUGGGAGUGGGUCGGUGGUGACUCCUCCCACGUCCAGUCCAACUACUUCUCCAAGGGCGACACCACCACCUACGACCGUGGUGGCACCCACCCCGUUAGCAACGCUCUGACCUCCUUCCACACCUACUCCGUUGAGUGGACCAAGGAUGCUGUUAACUGGAUCAUCGACGGCACCACUGUCCGCACCCUCACUGCCGCCGCUGCUGGCGCCAAGUUCCCCCAGACCCCCAUGCAGGUCAAGAUUGGCACCUGGUGCGCUGGUGGCCCCGACUCUCCUCCCGGUACCCGUGACUGGGCUGGCGGCUUGACCGACUUCUCCAAGGCUCCCUUCAACGCCUACUACAAGAGCAUCAAGAUUGUCGACUACGCCGGCGGCAGCAGCGUUGCCUCCAACGAUGUCAAGUCCUACAGCUACGGUGACAAGACUGGCAGCUGGGGUAGCAUCAAGGUUGAGGGCGGCAAGAACGACGACUCCAGCUCCUCUUCCUCCAAGGACUCUAGCUCUACCUCUGCCCCCAAGAGCACUGGUGCCUCCAAGACCGGCAUGCAGACCAGCAACUCUGCUGCUGCCACCAACACCGAUGGCGCUUCCACCACUGGCUCCAAGCCCACCACUUCUCCCACCAAGGUCCCUGACAACGCUGCUGGCCGCAACUCUGCCGCUCUCGCCCUCAUUGUUGGCAGCAUCGCUGCUCUCUUCCUGUAAAUUUUCGCAAAUUCUGACUUGCUUUGGGCAUGGAGAAAUAUGUUGGAUGUGAUUUGACUGUUCACGCCCUGUAUAGACGUGACGGGCAACGUUUUACUUAGACGGCACAGGAGCCAAACAUGAGCAACCGUACCUUUAAUACCUUGUACAAAUUUUGAAAUCUUUUCUUCUUU